AUGUUGAAGGUAUCGCAACAAUCAAAAGGAAACUUUGAGAACAAUCGUCAAUUUCAGGUGAUUUCCUAUCCGGAUGAAAAUGUGUCAUUGAACUCGAUAUUUCCACAGGGAUGGGAUCGUCUAUCCACUGCAAUCAAUGCCGCUAAUGACGAAAAACUCCGAAAAUUUAUCGAUUUAUCCGCUUCCGAACAACAGUGUGUUCUUGCUGAAAUCAGACGACAAUGGAAAACGAUGUUCACUGAAGAAAGUAACAGUUUUCUCAUUGAAAACUUUGCCGAGUUGUUGGUUUCUGCUGGUUCUUCAUCACAAGUAUCACCAAAACACGAUUAUUUGACUGAGAUAAGUAAUGACAUGAUUACUCUGUUACGCAAUUGGUCUAACGAAAAAUCGAAAUUCUACGCAUUUUUCAAUCGCCCAUUGAGUCAACCAAUACGUUCGAUUAGUUGGCAUUUGUAUUUAUCCAAUGCUAAUUAUCCAGAAAAGUUUCGUGAUGAUUUAUCAAAUCAUCCGCAGAGUGUUUUGUCACCUAUGGAUAUGGAGAUUCAUGAUAAAUGCGAUUAUUUCAUUUCAUUCCUACCAUGUGCAUCGGAAAUUCAAAAAUCUCUUCAAACUGUGCAAGCAAUGAAAGCGAUCCUUUCUUAUUAUCGUUCGCAAUUCAUCGACCAACGAAACUUAACCCAAGCCGAAUAUUAUUACCUCAUACCAAUUGUUUAUGUCCAACAAACAGAUUUGUCCAAAUCUUUGGAAACAUUUCUCUCGGAUUCCAUUGAAAUGUAUCAAACAUUCAUUGAUACACUUCCCAAACCACUGAAAUACAUUCAUUUAAACAAUUCAAUCGAGACAUUUGAUUUAUGGUUUGAGAAAGUCGAAUAUCAUUUGAACCGUAUCGAUCCGUUCAUUUGGAAUCACAUACAAACUGUUCUUCAAAACAAUCUUGUUUCACGUUCGCAAUGCAUGAAAAACGACGUGCUGUACUUUCUGAGAAAAUCUUGUUCUAGUUGGUUCCACUACAUGUUUAUCAACUGUUUAACAAUGGACACUUUAUUGUUUGUAUGGGAUCAGUAUUUAAUAACUAAGGAUUUACCGAAUUUCUACGACGAGUUGUUACCGGCGGUUACCACGGCGAUAAUUGUGAUCCUGAAGGAUUUCAUAGUCGAAUGUAAAAAGACAUCAGAAAUUGAAAGAAUCUUGAAAACGAAACCAGCUUUGAUCGAAACCUAUCAAUUUCAAUCAACAUUUUCUCGGUUCUUUCUUGUCAAUUCCCCAUCGAAAACCAUUGUCAUUCGCCCAACUCGAAUUAAUCAAUCAACUAAUCCAGUUCAUGAUUUAUUAACGAGAAUCACAAAGACAUUUAAUCUAGUUACUCAUGGUGAAGGAACAAAACGUGCGGAACUUGAUCGACGAACAACAAGUACUAUUCGAACAUACCGCUUCGAUUUGAUGAUGUCAAAAUUUCACUGCUCAUCGUCCAAGGAAUCAGAAUUACAAAUCGCCAUAAAACGAGUCCAAACUCGGUAUCUUAUGGAUCAAAAUGCUCCACUUUUCUCAGACUUGCGCUAA